UCAACAACGAUCUAAUCCGACUUUGUUGUACUAUAAAUUUUUUAUUUUUAUUUUUAUUGUUCGACAGCCAGUCCAGAAGGGUCAAGGUUUGUUAAUGGUGUUGGGGAAAUUAAUGGCUGUGGAGCUGAUGUUGGGGUAUGGAGGGGGCAACAGCACUCCGGCAGGGAAGAUUGAAGAGGACGCUUUUGCCGUAAAGGAAGCCGCGUCUGCUGGGAUUCAGAGCGUUGAGAAGCUCAUGAGAUUGAUGUCUCAAGAACAAUACCAGGAGGCCGUCGCUGAUUCUGCCAUUAACAAAGCUUCUAUGGAGGUUGGCGCUGUUGCGGAUGUGGCUGUCGACAGGUUCAAGAGGGUAAUCUCUCUGCUAGAUAGAAGAAGAACCGGCCACGCCCGGUUUCGCAGGGCUCCUGUGGCGCCUCCUCCUCCUCCUCCUCCUCCUCAGCCUCAGAAAACUGAACCGGUUUCCGCUUUUAAGGUUUAUUGUCCGAAUCCCACACCGAUUGUUCGCAUCUCUCCGCUCCCAAUCCAUCCUCAGCCUCAGACCUCGGAGAGGAAGGAUGCAGCCGCGGCGACGAGCAUCAAUUUCUCGCCUUCGCCGCCGAUUUCUGCAGCGAAUUCCUUCGUGUCGAGUUUGACAGGGGACACGGAAAGUUUGCAGCCGUCUCUGUCGUCCGGGUUUCAAAUCACGCACGUGUCCCAGGUGUCGUCAGUCGGAAAGCCACCUCUGUCUUCCUCGUCUCUGAAGAGGAGAUGUAACUCGAUGGACGGCACGGCAGCCCUCAAGUGCGGCUCGUCUUCUGCCCGAUGCCACUGUUCCAAGAAAAGGAAAUCCAAAGUGAAGAGAGUGACCAGAGUCCCUGCAAUCAGCCCGAAGAUGGCGGAUAUUCCGCCCGAUGAGUAUUCCUGGAGAAAAUACGGCCAGAAACCUAUCAAAGGUUCUCCGCAUCCAAGGGGAUAUUACAAGUGUAGUAGCUUGAGGGGUUGCCCUGCACGGAAACACGUGGAGCGUGCUCUGGAUGAUCCGACGAUGCUGAUUGUGACCUACGAGGGCGAUCACAAUCACUCUGAUCACUCCAUCACGGAAGCAACGGCAGCUCUUGUCCUGGAAUCAUCCUAGUCGAUCCGAUCCACUCAUCCAAAGGCCCAAAAGAUUAGUGGGUAUGUUCGGAAUUGUCAGCAUCGACGCUUGGGUUUGUGUACUUGUGUAGUAGAAGAAGAAGAAGAAUAGUUAGCUCCUUUAUACAAAAUAGGAUUCCUUUGUUUUCUUCUUUCCUUUCACCCCUUCAAAACUUUGUUUAGAUAAAAGAAAGAAUAGGCGAGCGUAAAGAUGGUGGAUUUUUGUGGGGUUAAUCAUGCAACUAGUACUGUUUCGUUUUUCUUUUAACUUUUUAAAGUUAUUAUACUCAUUAGAGUUUUGCUUUUA